AGACGGAUAGCUCAACAGAGACGGCAAUAUACUUCUUCGGAGAAGUCCUGCAAAUAGAGAAAGAGCUCAAAAACUCUCUGCUUUCCGGGAAGCACCAUCUUUCUCAGAUCCGAAGGAAGAAGAUGCAGAUAUUCGUGAAAACUCUAACAGGGAAGACCAUCACCCUCGAGGUGGAAAGCAGCGACACCAUAGACAAUGUCAAAGCUAAGAUUCAGGACAAAGAAGGCAUACCUCCUGAUCAGCAGCGGUUGAUUUUUGCUGGAAAACAACUAGAAGAUGGCCGAACUCUUGCAGAUUAUAACAUCCAAAAGGAGUCGACCCUUCACCUGGUUCUAAGGCUCAGGGGAGGCACCAUGAUCAAGGUGAAGACUCUAACUGGAAAAGAAAUUGAAAUUGAUAUUGAGCCGACUGAUACCAUUGACCGUAUUAAGGAACGAGUUGAGGAGAAAGAAGGAAUCCCCCCAGUGCAACAAAGGCUUAUUUACGCAGGAAAGCAGCUGGCAGAUGACAAGACUGCCCGUGAUUACAACAUUGAGGGUGGUUCUGUGCUUCAUCUUGUGCUGGCACUGAGGGGUGGCGGUUUCUAGAUUGUGUUUACUAGAUUUAGAGAAAAGAACAGCCAUGUAGACAUUUUGUAUUGCAUAAACCAAAUGAAUUUGCAUUUUAAGGAAAGAAGAGCUAAUUUCCUUAAGAUAUGGAUAUUCUGUUUAACUAGCUCAUGCAUCUGCUUUCAACCAUUUUAUUUUGUGCCAUCAACCAAGCAUUUUGUGAAUCAUGAACGUCUCAGUCUUGCAAAUAAAAUGAUUUGAACUUG